AUUUGGCAUCAUGUUUGGCCCUGGAUGUGAACCUGGUCACUGGUACUGUGGGUAUAUAAGGCGCUUCAGCAUUCCUCUCUUCAUCAAGUCAGAGACUGCCUCGCCACAACCAACAUUAUGAAGCUGUUGAUAGUGUCUAUAGGCGUGGCCGUCUUGCUGGCUUCAGCACAAGCCGCUCCAGAAGCGACUACCAUUUCCUCCUCCACUAUAGGAGGUGGAGGCUAUGACUACUCCAGUGGAGGCAUCACAGGAGGCUCCGGAAGGAUUUACGAUCCAUCAGGAGUCGGAGUCACUUCUCAUUCCUCUUUCACCCUUGGAGCGCCUCGUAGCGGCUAUGUAGGCAGCGUUGGAAGUGGUUACAACGGCGGCUUUGGACAUGGUUCCUUUGACGGUUUUGGACAUAGAUCCGUUAGUGGGUUUGGACUUGGCUCCAAUGGUGCCUUUGGACUUGGCUCCAAUGGUGCCUUUGGACUUGGCUCCAGUGGUGCCUUUGGACUUGGCUCCAGUGGUGCCUUUGGACCUGGCUCCAUUGGAAAUCUUGGAUACAAUCCCAAUGGCAACCUGGGAUUCAGAUCCAGUGGCACCCUUGGACUGGGAUCCAGUGGCAUCUUUAUACAUGAUCCCCACAGGAAUUACAAUGGACUAAGCACUGUUGGAAAUUUUAGAGACGACUUUCUUGGAGGGGGAUUACGAAGUGGUCCCAUUGGAACAGGUUUCGGAAGUGGUUACACUGGCAUAGAUUACAGUGGGGGUUCCACUGGCUACGUUAACGGCGGCUACAGCAAUGGCUUCGGUAGACCUACUGGAAGUAUCACCUUUGUGAAAUAAACAUUGAAGUAGGUAAUGCAUUACGUCUAGAACAAUUUAAGAAUUCUCUCCCGUCCUCACAUUUUAAAAAUCACUUUCAUUUGAACACAAAUGUGUUUGAUUUGCAGUGAGAUGUGGUGCACUCACAAAUCAGUGAAACUGACAGUUCCACAUCACAAUGUCCUUACUGAUACAUCUAUUUAAGUCGACUCAUACAUUACUGUAUACUUUUUUAAAUUU